UGGAGUGGAAGCCAAGCACUGUGUGAUGCACGCCUGUGAGGAGAGCACCGGCGUGGAGAUGCUGUGAGAAGAAUCCAUGUCAGCAGACCAUGAAGGCCAGGAGGUGGACAUAAAGACCUUGAAGGAUUACACAUGAUCGGCAACCUCUGCACUUUUCGGAUCUAGAAAGGUUUGGCGUUGAAAAGGCGGGCAACAUGUCCACGCUGAGGGGGGUCUGCCUGCUGUGGCAAGUUGCCUUGAUGGUCGUGACUGGAAGUAAACUUUGGGAGGUGCCCACAUCCUCCAACAACCUUAACGAAAGCCUGCCAGGGGCGCCACACUGCCACUACCACCAGGAUGGAGUGAGAAUCACAGCAGAGAUACCGCCAAAGUUGGAUGGCACCUGGCUGUCAACAAGAUGUGAAGUUCGUCCAGGUCCAGAGUUCCUCAUUCGUUCCUACACCUUCCACCCGACUCGUCACUUCCAGGCCUUGCAGCAUUACUACUCAGACAUUGGUUGUGAAGAUCCCGCUUACUCCUUGCUGAUCCAGGGCAAGCUCCGCCUUCGCCAGGCCUCUUGGAUCACCCGGGGCGCCACCGAAGCCAAUCACCACCUCAGCAAGGUGGCGAUAGUCAUCCACAGCCUGGAAGCCAAGCACAAACUGGUAUCCAGGCUGCCCGCGUCCUGCGUGGGUCCGACGCUGGGUCGGUUGGUAGUCGGCAAGCCCCAUGACCUUCACAAUACCCGGGCAGGGAGGGGAUGCCUGGCAGCUAUGGGCUUCUCCAUGAUAGAGAUGGCUGUGGUUAGGGUAGAGACUCAGCACCGCAACCAUGGGGGGGAAAUCCAGGAGCUAUUCCUGGGAGACAUACAAACUGACUGGACACAGAGGACUCACUACAGACCUACCGGGUACCAGCAGCCACUGCAGAGCGCCAUGCGUCACAUCCACCCCUGUCCAGUCUGUGCUCUGGUGUACCGCGCCACAGAACAGUACCCCCCAGUGCUGCCUCACCGUCCACAGGUUCCUAUUUCUCUAGCUGGUUGCUGGGUGAGCCAGCGAUGCGAGACUCGUCCCAACGUUCUCUUCCUCACCCGAGAGUUCCACUUCGAUCCAGAUGAGCAUGCAUGGGAGGGGAUCUACCAUCACUAUUCGGACCCCUUCUGCUCUCAGAGCACCUUCACCCUGAGAGCCUCGGGUCACUACGCUCAGGGAAACCCUUCCGUCAAGGUACCGGGAGCCACUGAGUUUGUAUUCAAAGUGACUGAAGUGAGAGUGACGGCUGACGAGGAGCCCACGGCUAAGCUGCUGAACGGGACAAAGACGGGAAAGUGUGGUCGUGCGGGAGCUUGGCAGGUCGGGGUGGAGCAGGACCUGAGUCCUACUCACGGGUGCACAGUGCUCGGCAUCAAGCUGCCGCAUAAGGAGUACGAGCUCUUUAAAGUCGAGCUGGACCACAGGAAACACCCGCUGUUGUAUGUUGGGGAGAGGCCGAAAGACGGUUCCAGCCCAGACCGACCAUCAAAGAGAGCUACUUCCUUUCAGCCUCCCAUGAUGCUUUGCAGCCACAGGGAGACACAGCCUUCCAGUCGCCACAGCUCAGGACUUAACAGCAAGCAAGUCCAGGUGGAUACCAGUGGGACCGGGAGGCUGACACAGAUCCUGUUUUUGGUCCUCGGAUCUGCUCUGUGCAGCUGGAUUUGGGUUUUUUAGAGACACUGACGGAGUUCGGCAGCUCUCUCUGUUACUGUGGUUUUGACCAGGUGUGAGGAACACCACAAGACAUUCAGGAGAGCUGAAUAAACACUUCGCAUUUUUAUAUCUGCUCCUUUUCUCGAACCUCCUCCCGGCUUUCAGACGGUGCCUUUUACUAACCCGAAGCUCGAGCUCCAGUUCUACUUCAAACUAAUCUGCACGUAAACCACUGAUACCAGCAUCAUCAAAGAAUUCUGCUCUGGCCUCGUACUCGGUUUUCGUGUGAUGCCAUCAUUACAAAGCAAGAUGGCAGUUGAAAUGUGGGUCAGCAGCGGGAGAACGAUUGCACUUUGUACAAAGGAUUGUUGAUGCUGGAAAGAAAAGCAGCCAAAAGGCAGACAUUCUGUAGUCAGUCCCACUUUGUGGUGCGAGAAGUUCUUCCUUAAAAAGCCGUUAAGCUAAAUUUCUAUCAUCUUUCAGUCUGAACAAAUCAAACGACUAUUUAUUUUAUCGCCAUAUAUAUAUAAAUAUAUAUAUAUAUAUACUGUACUUUUUGUAGCUAGCACCAGCAGAAGUGAUUUCUUUGUGCAUUAAA